AUGUGCAAAUACGCACUGAUAAAUAAGUGCGACCGAGGGGAAAACUGCACCUUUGCUCAUGACAUCAGCGAGCUGAGGAUAAAGCCCGACAUGAGGAAAACGAAGUUAUGUAAAAGUUACAUACUAGGAAAAUGCACGGACCACAACUGCAUCUAUGCCCAUUCAGUGAACGAGCUGAGGGAGGUUGGGAAGCCGGCUAUCUGCCAGCUGCACCGAGAAGGCAGGUGCAUCAAGGGGAACCAGUGCAGGUUCGCGCACUCCAUAAACGACAUAAACACGAAGCUGGUGCAGUUCUAUGAGGAGCACAUGCACGAGGGGGAAGUGGAGUUUUCGCGCCUGAGCAGGGGAGGCGGCGUUGGAGGCGGCGUGGGAGGCGGCGUGGGAGGCAGCAUGAGAGGCAGCGUGGGAAUCGGCAUGGAAAGCGCCCUGCGCAGCGGAGAACUGCUACACCUGGCUCGCCAAGAAAAGGGCAGGGAGUGGAAGCUAAGCGUGAACUUUACCGACGGUAGUUCCAACUCGUCAAGUGUUUCCAACCAGCCCACGCGGGGAUGCGCCAGAACCGCCAACAGAACAAGCAAAACAAGCAGCACAUGCAGAGGUAUAAACAGAGGAAUGAGCGGAGGAAUGAACAGAGCAAAUUUGAUAAAGAACUCCCCAUGCAGUGCCUUUUCAAGCAAUAACAUUUUAAAUUUGAACUGUCGAAAGGAAGAAGAAAAAAAAAACGAAGACCUGCUACUGGCCAGAGAUGGGAAGUACACACGAUUGUGCGCCAUCAACAUGAAUAUGAAGAGCAGGCAGGGGGGAGCCUAUCGAUAUGAUGAACGGUUGCUCAUCCAGGAUGGCAAGGAGGAUUACCCAUUAGAGGGAAAAUUUAAAAAGAUUAAUUACCCGGAAAAUAGACAGCAGCAUGAUGGGAAUGGUCCCAUAGAAUCGGUGAGACAGAACUUUACCCCCUCCUUCAAUUUUCGCUCCAUCUUAUCCUUUAAUGGGGAAGAAGCUGGGGAUAAUGGAAACCCUAGUGGGGCGGUAGAUGAUAGGAGUGGCACCAGUGGUGACGACUCGGUUAACUACGGAUUGGCACGAAAUGUGAAUGCGAUUGGGGAGGAGUCCACUCUAGGGUUAGGCAACCAAGGUGGAACCGUCCGUGGGGGGAAAUUCCCGCAGGGGGGAGAGUUCACCAGAGUGAGAGACUCCGGAAAGAAGGUGCCCCCUAGCGAAAGUGCCACAUUCAAGGAGGAGAAGAAAAAAACCCAGGGUAGUGCUGAUAAGGGGGAUGGGUUGGCACACAACGCAGACCGCUUCAUCAUUCGGGGAGGCCUCAGCUGGGAGGGGAAGGCCUACCCCAUGGGAGUGCUAUCCGGGAAUAGCGCUACGGACAGCAGCAGCAUUAGUAGCGGAGGAAGGAAGGCACUGCGCGGGGGGGACUAUGACGUUGGGAACUCCCCCCCGGAGUUGCAACAGAGAGGGGUGCAUGACGAUCCGACUCGAACCACCCCCUACGACAGAGAGGUUUCCCACUUUAUCCGCGGGGAGGGCCUUUCCAAUGAGCUGAAGAAGGGGAAUGAAAAGGAUGACGAUGAGGAAAGGUCCCAUCUGGCUAGGUACUACCAUUCCGCUUUGGCCGUAAAUAGAGAUGACACGUUUAAUUUCAUGGGGGGCUCCCUCCUCCGGUCGGCAUCGACAAGCGAAGAUGUUGCGAAUCGAAAGGAAUGCAGCACGUGUAAGACCUACAUGGCGGUGGACGCACAAACGGUGAGAGGUCGUCUUGAUGGGGAGAGUGGAAAGUUGGAGAGGGAGAGCAAAACGGGGGUUACACCAAAAAUAAGUAGCCAAAGUGGAACGUUGAACGUUAGGGAGGGUGGUCCUCCUGGUGGAAGCGGCACUCCGAAGGGGAGGGAAGAAGGUGACGACGGGGAUGCAGCGCAAGUGCGGGGGAAAGAGGAGGGGACAACCGGUUUGGCGAGUGCGCCCGACCCCUACCAAGAAGGAGGGAAGAGGCUGCUGCACAUGUUAGCCCUCAACACAGAAAGAAGGAGCACCACCGGCACGGCUGGCCACUCGCACAAGGGAUCGCCCUGCUGUCCGCCCGCGUUGGACAGUGAGCGCGCGAAUGGUAGUAGUGACCACAGCGGUGGUAGGGACAGCGGUGGUAGGCAUAGCGGUGGUAGGGACAGCGGUGGUAGGCAUAGCGGUGGUAAGGAUAGCGGCGCCUCCAACGAAGAACCGGCGGAGGGACUGACCCGGUACGGCAGUGGCCUGCAGGGCGGGAGCAACAGCCAGUAUGGCAGCAGCAACACAGUGGAUACCUGCGCGCAGAACUUCGAUGAGGUUUUCUUCGGCAGGGUUGAGGGGAGCGGAAUUGGCUCGGACUGCGGCCAAAGCGGGGGGGUAACACGCGCUUGGGUGGAAAGAGCAUCGUUGGGGAGGUGUGAGGACAAGAAGGGGAACCUCCAUAAUGAGAACCCCCAUGACGGGCAGCUCCACAAUGGGAACCCCCACGAGCUGCUAAAAUACCUCCAAGCCAUGCAGCAGCGGAGCGGAUGUUCGUCGCUGGAGAGGCUGCAGACGGAGGAUGGACCCUUCCAGAGGGGCGUCAGCGGCGAGCAUAUGGAGGCCUGCAUGGGCAGCUCAACUGCAUUGGGCGACUACGGGGGGGCGAAGAAUCAUGCCAGCUUUAGGCCGUAUAACUUAUUUUCCCUCUUUAGAGAAAGCAGCCCCGAAUUGAGGAGGCUGCCGGAUACCUGUGGUGGGAAGAGUGUGUCACAGAGGGGUGUCUCCCAAGAUGAAGUCUCAGGGCGAACGGGGAAGGGCAGCAGCGGAAGCGGUGGAAGCGGUGGUAGCGGCGGUAGCGGCGGAAGCAGCUACGGAGUGAAAUUUCGAGGCGAGCCCCUUAGGGAGAAGCGCUUCUGGAGGAGCGGGAGGAGCGGAAGAGGUGGAAGAGGUGGAAGAGGUGGAAGAGACGAAGUCCGCAGUGGUGAUCUACCUGAUGGAGGAGGAGAGCAGGUGGGCCCCGCGGGGUAUAACCUUAGCGGUGGUUCCCUCGAACAAGGCAACCAAGUGAGGGAGGAAGCAAAACUGCUAACCGCCACAAGAAGAGAAAAGAAUAAGAACCCUCUCCAUCGCCAAGUGAGCAGCGACUCUCCAGUGAUGAAUAGCCAUCAGGAUGGAAGCUACGAUUAUGUGGACUAUUCAAAUGAGGAGAAGAUGAUCGCAAGUGAGCACCAGCUGCUCUAUAGGUGGUUAGGUCUGUCCUCCUUAAGUGAAAGUGGCCCCCUGGGGGUGCACACCUCCGGGGAAAAUAUACUCCCCCCCCUGCAUGGUGAAGAAGCUUAUUUAGCAAAUUUAGAUGCGGCGGGAGGGAUUGAUCAUGUCCUGUGGAGUGAGAAGGAGAGGAGUUGUUGGUCGAAGAGGAGCGCGUGCAGGAGUAGCCCCUCAAGGAGCUUGAUCCACGGUGGAGCCCGGUCUCAAGUGAAGAGCAAAGAGGAAGAGUUUUACCCCCCCAGUUUGGGCAGCAUCCCAAUUGGGCACGAAGAAAUGGGAAGCGACAACGUAUUUAUGGCCAACUACAACUGGGAUGAUAAGGAGGAGAGACUUGUGAGCACCGAUGAGGGGGCCAUCCUGAUAGGCAGCACGGAGGGGGCGAUUAUGGGGAGCCAAGCGAGCAACCAUAGGACGGUGCACAGGAAGGAGAGCGACGUUGCGAAAAAAGGGGAGACCCAUUUUGGGAAGAGCGAUUACGGUGGUGACUUAACUGUGGGGAAGAUUCCCCCGAAGCGUCAGCUUUGUGAAGGGGUGGAGCGGAGCUGCGCUUGGGGGGGGGAGGCCAACUUGCUAGACGGGCAGAAGUGGGGCGGCCCGAAGUGGAGCGGGCAGAAGUGGGGCGGCCAGAAGUGGGACCAAGUCAGCCACGAGUCGCUCUCCAGGGCACACAUGGGGGAUGGUUCAGUAGGGGAGUGCCCCAACGGGCUACUGGACACCUGGAGCGGAGGCGCAAUGAGCUUCUUGGGGAGCGACGCGGAAAAGGAGAACAUGUCUGGCAGGGGGAGGAGUCAAGCAAGCCACCCGAGCUACGGAAAUCAUCCGAACCACGGAAGUCAUCCGAACCACCCGAGCCACGCGUUGACGGCGGCCUUCCUCAACUAUGACUACGAGAAGGGGAUCGAAGACGACGUUGUGAGGAGCUUCUUGGAGGAGAGGAACUUCCCCGCGUACGACCGUCUGGACAGUUCCUGCUUUUAUAACUUCCACGUGGGGAAUGGGAGGCCUCUUCUGAGUAACAGCGCGGAUGGCGCGGUGAGCGGCAAGGAGAGCAACUCUGCAUAUGACGGUGUGGAAGUCUCUGCGCAUGCCGAUGGUGCCUUCUGCGUCGACCUGUCAAAGGACCUGGACCUGCACUUCCUGAGCCAGGGCGGCUAG